AUCUUCUUUUCAAUUCCAACAACCUAGUUCAUGAGCGACCAUCAAUCAGUACCCCAGACUCAGGACGGGUCUACGGAACAGAGUUUCGUAGACUCGGACUAUUCAUUCAAUGUCUUCGGAGCUGACUUCGGCGGUUUUUCCUUACCUCUGGUGACCUCUCAUGAGAGUGUGGAUCAAUGGCUUAAUGUGAGCUCUUGGUCUCAAGACGCCGCUUCUCUUGGCUCAAUGGAUCAAGAGAACGGGUUUGGUGCGACUGCGAGUUCUGCGCCUCAGUCCCACGAUAGCUUCUCAGAGGCCAUCUUCUCGUCUCCGAUGACCGGGAUGGAUUCCCAUCUCAGCAACAUCGACUCGACUCCAUUCGUGUUCUCAAGUUCUCCCGUGCCGUUUCUUGACCUUCCAACCGCCCCAGGUGAUGCUUAUAAGAUGGCAUCGCUCACUGGUUCACCAAACACCGCAGCCGCUCUAUAGAGCGUAGGUUCAGCGUGCGACCAUACGAGCGAUACCAUUCUUGACUCAUCAGCUGCGUUAGAAAUUGACGGAAUACCAGCACAUUCAUUUGAUGUCGUUUCGUCAGAGUUCGGUUCAUCUCCUCCCGACAACAACUCAGGCUCCGAGAUAAGCAGCAAUCAGACUUUCAGAGAAGAUUCGGCUAUUCGUUUGAAAAACAACGAGUUUGCAGAGCAUGGAAAAUGGCUCUGCAUUUGGCCUGGCUGCGAUAGGUUCUUUGGAGAAAAUCGCAUGCGAAAUAAUCAUCUUCGAACUCAUCUGAAGCCUGUUUACUGUUCGUGGCCUGGUUGUAACUUUCGGGAUUCUUGUCAGAAGGAUAUGCGACGACACUACAAAACCCAUCGCUCGCGAAAGACUGUGCAGUGUCGGUUUUGUGACAAGUGGUUCACUAGGAAAUGUAACUUGGGUAGACAUGAGCGAGAGAUGCAUGGUGGGAAGAAGAGAGUCAGGAAGUAGUAGCUAGUAGGUCUAUUCAUAGUGUGCA